CAAAAACCCAUAUCAACGACGCCACCCAAAGUCAGACACACACACAGCUUUAAGCAAGCUGUACCCUCGCUCCCCCAACUUCGGACUUCCUUCCGAGCCCCCCACCUUAAAAGGUGAUGAGUGUAGUAGCAAGAACUGACAAGACUGUCGUACUCGAUCCCAGACCAGCAUUUAGUCAUGGUUUACAGAAUGAUCAGGACACCUGGAAGUUGAGAUCAGGCCAAUUCAAUCUAAGUCAACCUUAUUUUGGGCCGAAAAGGGACAUGCCUCAAAGAGCCAAACGACGGAAAACAGUGCCUAGCAAUACAGAACAGCAGACAUUGGAAACAUUUCAGAGCCUUCAGCCGUAUUUUGAACAAUGUAUGCAAGAACUCAUCAGCGCGUGGCCCGCUAUCAAGGAUUCCCUUUGUGAACCUGAUAACGAAAGCGCGAUAUCGCAAAUCAACCACCCUUCGAUGAUUGAUUUCGUUAAAAGCGCAGAACUGGUCAAGGUAGUGAAAUCAUUUGCCUUUCAACUUGAUCCCGAGCAAGCUGAAAGAACCAUGACUUUACAAGGUAAACCCAAUGACUAUCAUAAAAAUAUAUACAAGGCAGCUAAACCUUGCUGCAAUCAGACACCAAUAGCAUUGAGUUGCCAGAAAUCUACAAUACCAUAAUAAGAAAUCGCUCAAGUCAAUAUGUAACCUUGGCGGUGGAGCCAACUCUGCAGCGGUAUUUGAUACCAGCCAAGUCAACCUUCUUAAUGGGUCAACUUGAUGACAGCAUGGA